GCGGGCUGCGGUGCCUGGAGGCGAGUGCGGACGGAUAACCGAGCGCGAGGAUGAGAGGUCUUCGGACAACUCACACCAGCCCGUUCUCUCCUACUAUGUGGGUCUCAGCGAUGGAACUCAGGUUGUAAGGCUUGGCAGCAAUCGCCUUUACCAGCUGAGCCACCUAGCUGGUCCCAGAUUAAGUUUGUUCCCUGUACCCACAAAUAGGAUCAUCACAAAUGCCAAUAACUCCAGCUCCAGGGCAUCCGGCAUUGCCAGUAGGGGCAUGGAGCCUGAAGACCUUACAUCUGCCUGAGGCCACCAAGCUGCAGAGCUAAGAAUUUAAACCCAGACUGUCUGGGUCCAUAAGCCUCACCUAGUCGUCCUACUUCCAAUUCACACAGUAUUUCAUUCUCUCACCAUGAAGAGGUGUGUCUCAGAGGUGAAGACUAAAGCCCCAGUUAAUGAAGCCUCACCUUCACCAAAUCCUGAUCAGACACCAAACCAGCUCUCUGAAAAGAAGCGAAGAGUUCCAACCACGUCGUUGCCAACCUGGGACAAGGAACCAGUGAUCUUCAAAGAUGUAGCUGUGUACUUCAGCCAGAAAGAGUGGCAGCUACUGGAGCCUGCUCAGAAGGACCUGUACAAGGAUGUGAUGCUGGAGAACUACGAGAACCUGAUCUCUGUGGAAUAUUAUAUUUUCAAGCCAAAGUUGAUCACCAGGUUGGAGCAAGGAGUUGAUCUUUUUGCCAAAGAGAACGAUGUUCCUGGAGACCCCCAGCAAGGUGAGGCAGGAGUCAGCAGAAGUGACACCUCUGCAGGGAAGAAGACAGGGGAUAAUUCCACAAAGGCAGAAAUCCGGAAGCCAGACAAUUCUAAGACAACAUCACUGGAGAAGCAGAAGAAGGCAGAUCAAGGGCAUGGUUCCCAGAGUUUGAGAGCAGAAAAGACCUCAAAGAGUGAUGACAGACCAUCUCAAAAUAAGGAGAAAUGUGCCUCAACUUCUGCUACAGAAGCAAGCAAAACCAGCACACCGGGCAAUAAGGAGAAUGAAUCUGCAACUCCGGGCACAUCUUCGGGUCAAACAUCAGCAGCAACUACACCACCACAGAGCGCUCCUUCAGAAAAGUCGACCUCGGGGAAAGAUGUUCAAGGAAAACCACAGAACACGAGCAGUUCCACAAAUCCAAAGCGCAAGCCUGCCCGACAAGGUAAAAACCACUUUAAAUGCAAGGAAUGCGGGAAAACCUUCAACCAGACCCUCCACCUUGUGGAACACGAGCGAAUUCACACCGGAGAGAAACCCCACAAGUGUGACACGUGCGGCAAAUCUUUCCGGCACCUCUCAUACUUCCUCACGCACUACCGAAUUCACACGGGAGUGAGACCCUACAAGUGUAAGGAGUGUGGCAAAGCCUUCAACAGCAGCUCCACUCUCAACAAUCACUGCAGGAUCCACUCAGGGGAGAAACCCUUCAAAUGUGACGAGUGCGGGAAAACCUUCAAGCAGAGCACAAAACUCACCCGUCACCAACGGAUUCACACCGGGGAGAAGCCCUACAAGUGUGGAGAGUGUAACAAGUGCUUCGGCCGCAGCUCAUCCCUGAGGGAGCACAAGAGGAUCCAUACCGGAGAGAAGCCGUACUGCUGUCAGGUGUGUGGGAAAACCUUCAGGGUCAACUCACAUCUUUCGGAGCACCAGCGGCUCCAUUUGAAGGUGAAGCCCUACAAGUGUGAUAAGUGCGGGAAGCACUUCCGAAACAGCUCGUACUUGACGGAACACAAGCAGAUCCACGUGCCCGGGGCCCGAGUGGACUGCCCAGAAUGUGGGAAAGUCUUCGCUUGCAAAGUAGCCCUUCUCAAGCACCAGAAGAGACAUGAGGCAAACUCCAGGUAUCGGUGCAAGGGAUGUGGAAAGACUUUUAGAUGUAAGUCAAGCAUCCAAAGGCACGAGAGGCUGCACGCUGGGGAGAAACCUUUUGUGUGCACUAAGUGUGACAAAGGUUUCACUGACAAAACUACAUUGAAUAAUCACUUGAAAAUCCACUCUGGAGAUAGGCCAGAUCCAUGCGCCCAGUGCGGGAGAACCUUUAAAAAACUGGCUACCUUGCUGAUUCACCAGAAAAAGCAUGCUAAAAAGAAGCCCACAGAUGUAUAAAAGACCUUUAGCCAGAACUCACAUUUGGGUCUUUGGGACAAAGUUAAAACAAGAGAAACGAUACAUAUGAACAGUCCCUUCGUUUCUUAGUUGUUGUUUUUCAGUAAGUCAGUAGUUUUCUAGAAAUGACUGUUUUUUGUUUUUUUUUUUUAACCCUUCCCCUACUUGGAGCAUUUGUGCAAUAUAAACAAACGUUUUUGUUGUUGUUACUAUUCCAACAGACAGGUACUACUAUCAACUGCAUCUGUGGAUAGAGGCAAAGGAUGAUGUCAAACAUCCUCCAGUGAACUAAACAGACUCCCUUGCCUUCUACUAACUAAGGAAGAUCUGGCUGGCAUGCACAUUUGAGGAAUUCAGGUGGAGUUUCCUCUGCCAGCCACUACGGUAACCUACGGUAACCACUAACAAGAUCUUGCCGUUUAAAUAUCAACGUGUGGUAAACAUUUAAAUUCAAACACUUGGAUGAAUCAUUGACAUUCCCAGUCUUCAUUAGCCAGUGAGCCUCACUACAGCUAACAUUUUCAACACCAUGGAAGAUUCUGUUUAGAACUGAUGUGAAUGACCAAUAAUUCCUUCAUGGGGUGACUCCAAGGAAAAUAGGACACAGCUUUGUGACACUGAAUCUAAAUCUAUCUGUGCUUUUUU